AUGGAGCCCGUGCGAGUGCGGACGAGAAUUCCUAUUAUCUACGAGGUUGUAGAUCAUCGGGAGCCGGCCGACGGGCAGGAAUUCCUGGAACGAGGUGUACGGGAUUGGAUGCAAGGCCGGUUGCCGUUGAUCGACCAAGAACUCGACAUGUUGCAGAGACAACAAGAGGCUCGGCCGCACAUCUACCAUGAUGAUGAUGAGGAGGAGGAGGAGGAGGAGGAGCCGUUCUGGCCGCGUUUGUUACAACCGGCCUCGCGCGACGCCGUCCUGCAGCUGCCGGAGACAGCCGGCGCGCCAGUCGGAGCUCGGCUCGAGCAGACGGAGUGCGCCGUGUGCCUCAAGGAUUUCGAGGUGGACGACAAGGUGACGACGAUGCCGUGUGACCACUACUUCCACCAAGGUUGCAUCUCCGAGUGGCUCAAGGUCAGCUGCGUCUGCCCCCUCUGCCGUCACGCGCUUCCUGCUGCAACUCCACCGGCGCACCACAUGGAGGCGACGAGUCCAUGA